AUGAAGAUACUGAAUCUGAUUUUUUUGACUGCAACAGUAGCUACUGUACUACUCUCCUUAUCAUCAUCCGGACAAGUUGACGCGUUUGGUGGAGAUUGUUGGAAAAACAUAAGAUCCUGGUUUUCAACGUCAUGUAAUAGUAAUCAUGAUUGUCCGAGUAAUUUACGGUGUUUUUCAGGAACGUGCAUAGAUCUAUGUGAGAAGUAUUGUUCAAGUAAUCAUUGUAUUAAACUAUCUACAAAUUCAGUACAAUGCUGUGAAAUAACUUAUAGUGGUUGGCUCAAUCCUCGUCUAAUAUCCGUUUGCAAAACCCAUAUGUUUACUACUAAUUGGUAG